GGGGGAAAAGAGAAUGAAGGAAAGUGGGGGAAGGAAGGAAAUAAAGAAAAUGUAGGAAAGAGAAUGAAAGAAAGAUUGAAGGAAAGAAGGAAAAGAGUCUGACUUCUGCCUGCAGUGACGUCAGUGGCUCGACCGCAGAGGAGGAGAUGGAACGCUGGCGGCGGAGUCGGUGACGUCACCGGCGCGCUUUAGCCAAUGGGGAGCGGCCGCCAGGGCCCGUCCGGCAGCGAGGCGAGUGUUGGAAUGCGGGAAACACCGGCGGCUGAGGCUCUGUCUUGAGGCGCGUCCUCGUGAGCGCGCGCCCUUCCUUCCUUCCCUCCCUCCGAGGCGCGCUCCCGACCCCUGAGCUCCUAGAUCCCUUGCCAGGAAACUUGAGGAGUCGAGAGCUAACUCUCCUCUUGCAGGGGAGCCAUGUCUACCUUCCGGCAGGAAAAUGUGGAAGACCACUACGAAAUGGAGGAGGAGCUUGGAAGUGGGCAGUUUGCGAUUGUGAGGAAAUGCCGGGAGAAGAAAACCGGCCUGGAAUAUGCGGCCAAAUUCAUCAAGAAGCGCCGUCUCUCUUCAAGCCGCCGGGGGGUGAGCCGGGAGGAGAUAGAGAGAGAAGUGAACAUCCUACGGGAGAUCCAGCACCCCAAUAUCAUCACCCUUCAUGACAUCUUUGAGAACAAGACGGACGUGGUCCUGAUCCUGGAGCUGGUGUCCGGCGGGGAGCUCUUCGACUUCCUGGCUGAGAAGGAGUCUCUGACAGAGGAAGAGGCCACCCAGUUCCUCAAGCAGAUCUUGGACGGGGUUUACUACCUGCAUUCCAAACGCAUCGCCCAUUUCGACCUCAAGCCUGAAAACAUCAUGCUGCUAGACAAAAACGUGCCCAGCCCUCGUAUCAAACUGAUUGACUUUGGCAUUGCUCACAAGAUCGAAGCUGGAAGCGAGUUUAAAAACAUCUUUGGCACCCCGGAGUUCGUAGCCCCAGAAAUAGUCAACUAUGAACCUUUGGGCCUGGAAGCUGACAUGUGGAGCAUCGGAGUCAUCACAUAUAUCCUCCUAAGUGGUGCAUCCCCCUUCUUGGGUGAAACGAAGCAGGAGACAUUGACCAACAUCUCUGCCGUGAACUACGAUUUUGAUGAAGAGUAUUUCAGCAACACCAGUGAACUGGCCAAGGACUUCAUUCGGCGUCUGCUUGUCAAGGAUCCCAAGAAACGAAUGACGAUUGAGCAAAGCUUGGAGCACCCAUGGAUUAAGGUGAUCAAGAGGCGGAACGUCCGUAAUGAAGACAACGGGAAGAAGCCAGAGCGGCGGCGCCUCAAGACGACCCGCCUGAAGGAGUACACCAUCAAGUCCCACUCCAGCAUGCCCCCCAACAACACCUACAUCAACUUUGAGCGCUUCUCCAAGGUGAUGGAAGAAGUGACAGUGGCAGAGGAGAGCCUGAGGGCUCUGCAGCAGAGCAAGAAGUCCUUCCGGGAGGACAUAGAGGCUCUGCGCUCCAUCUACGAGGACAAGGAGCUCUGGUACAAGGAGGAGAACGAGGCCAUCAGCCAAGACCUGCGCCAGAUCCGGCAGGAGAUGCAGAAGACAGAAGCCCUCAAGCGGCAGACCCAGGAGGAGGCCAAGAGCACCUCUCUGGCCGCCAAUGGGCUGAAGCGACGUUACCGGAAGCUGGAGAACCGCUACGAGGCCUUGGCCAAACAGGUGGCAUCCGAGAUGAAGUUCGUGCAAGAGCUGGUCCGUUCGGUGGAGCUGGAGAAGAUGCAGAGCGGGGAGGGCGACUGCGGACUCCGCUAACCCCCAAGUCUUCCUGGGGCCCCUUGGAAAAGGGGGGGAAGAUAUGUGGGGGACGGGAGUAAGGUUAGCCUUUCAGUUCUGUUUUUUCGGGGUCUUUCUAGUGGAGCUCCUCAGCCCUACAUUUCAUGGGACAGAAAACCCUAUUAACGCGCCUUAUUUUAAUCGCUGGUGUGGCUGCUUCUAAGAAUACGUAACUCAUCAUGCAGUGCUCCAAGAAUAUAUAGCCCAUCAUGUGGCACUCCUGGAGAGAUCCUGCGCUGUGGAAGAGAUCAUUGCAUGCCUGGAAUGUGUAUUCUCUUUGCAUUUGAAAAUGGAACCGUGCACUUAUUGAAGUGAUAUUAUCUCAUGCGGACUUUGCUUCCUGCCUACCUCGACAGAGCGGUGUGUGGGUGAAAACUCACCAGCCAAAAGGACCUUUCCUCUGUUAUGGAUGGAGAGCAUCCAUGGAAACACUUUGUGUACUCCCUCUUGCUAGAUGGCCUUCCAACUCCAAACUGUGAGGCUGAUAAGCUCAUUCUGCCUUAUUUGCAGUGUUUCUGAAUGUGGAGCAACUCCUUUUGGGUCUGCUUUGGAGGACUGAGGACAAACCUGACCUGUGAGAUAAAGAUAAACCUGUGUCUCCAGACCCAUUCCAAGGCACAGUCUAGUUGUCCCACGCAAGAUUAUCUCUUCCCUGCAUUGGCUUUCCUUUGCUUAUUUCUUGCUCCAGACAUAUCAUCAUCUCAACAAUCCAGAACCCAAAAAUCUUCCUUUCAUGUUUCCCCCAAAGUGUAUCAGGCAGGGAAAAGAAAAUUACAGAGGGCUUUGGAAAGGAUUUAGGAUUACACCUGGCCUCAGGUUCUUCCUGGGUUUAUUUUCAGGUGCAGAAAAAGUUUCCUGAAACGUUUCAUAGAGGCCUCAAGGAGCCCUAGUCUCUUUCUUUUUUAAAAUGACCCCCCCCCCUUUGCCUGGCAAACAAGGACAUUUGAACUGGUUUCCAGUUUUUGGCUGAUUUGGGCUUUUGAUCUUAAGGACAAAAAUGUGCCUGUUAUCUGUUGGGUUUCGGUUCCAGGACCGUCCCCCCUCAAUGGAUGCUCAAGUCCUAUUAUAUACAGUGGCAUAGUAAAAUGGAGUCCCUGGUAUAAAAUGGUUUAAGCAGGGUUUGCUUUUGGGAAUUUAUGUAUUCUUAAAAAUAUUUUCAAGCUGUGGAUAGUUGAAUCCACGGAUGAGGAGGACCGACUGUAGUUUGAAAACGAAGAGGUCAGGAUGGCAGGGGGUCCCCUUGAAUUUCCCAGACUUCCAAGCGCAUGUGUGGAAGUGACAGGGGAGUUGUGUGGACAAAAGGCACAUCGUUUUGAGGCUGAAGUUUGGGUAUGUGUGGAGGCUCAUUGGCAUCCAAGUGAUCUACCUGGACUUGAGCUUUCUUGGGCGAUGCUUUGGAGCAAUUGAGCUUGUCUUGCCAAAAAGGGAGGAGGUCUUGCGAUGGGUUUGACUUUUCUCUAUUUCUGCCAGCCAGGGAUAGUGCAGAAGGGAAGCUAAAAACCAUGAAAAGGGAGACUGCUUUAUUUCAGCAUGAAUUUCCUUCCGCCCGCCUCUUCAGGUACACCUGAAAUAUCACCUUCCAGACAUUUAAGCAUGACUGGGUAAAGGCCUAGAGAGAGGAAAAAUGGAAAUACAGUAAUUCAGGGGAAGGAUGAGCUUUCCCCCUUGAUCUUUCCUGGGGGAAAAGGGUUUAUGGAAUAUUCUCUUUUAGAACGAAGACAAGUAUUUAAAAGAAGGUGUUCAUGUAUUUACACACACACAUGUAUUUUUAAAAGCAUUGUAGCAGGUGGGAUUUUAUGUAAGACUAUGCACAGUAUUUAACGUCAUUGCAGUUUUUGGUUCUUUUAAUAGGAAUGAGCGCUUUGUUUGCAGGGCAUUAUGGAGGACUGGAGGAGACAAAAGGAAUAUUCUUUGGUUGUUGUUGUUGUUGUUGUUUUUGCCAGCUCCUCCGAAACUAGGAAAAGAAAUUCCUUACAGUUCAGGAUGUUUGAGUUCCAUUUGUAACUAAAAAAUAAAAUUUAAAAAAAUGCAAUUUGUAAUUGAAAAAAAUCUCUGUACUUUUAAAUACAUCAAACGUAACAGUUUCAA